UCUCGCGAUACUUCCCAUCUGCUGUUUGUGCCCUUGCAGAAUUCAGAAUGGGUUACUGGGAUCUUGAGGAGGGUAAAGACUGUAUAGAAAAAACAUGGAUCACCACAAAAUUAGGCACUGCGAUUGGCCUGGUGGGAUCAGCCUACCACAUCGUGGCGUUCCAGCCCGACUCGGCCAUGGAGGCCCUGCAGAGAGCCACUAAGGGCACAGUCACCAUGGCUUCUUUGGGGGCGAUCUUCGGUAUGACCACCUGUCUGAGUGCACAAGCUCGUGAUGCUCCAGACGACCCCCUCAACUACUUCAUUGGCGGUUGUGCAUCAGGAGUCUUCCUUGGAGCCCGGACUCACAGUGCCAUGACAGGUACCACCGCCUGCCUGGGACUGGGUGUGCUCGCCAUGUUCACCAAAGUGGGAAAGAAGGAGGGCUGGAAGAUCGCGGGGCCACCUGAGCUGUGACCCGGCGCCGAUCCUGGACCGUCAAGUGUCGUGUAUAUUGUGAAAUAUUUCCUCUGUUUUUGAUU